AUGACAACAACAGAAAUUAAAGUUGAAAAUUCAGAAAAUAUCGAACCAUUAUUACAUACCAAAGUAGGUAAUGCCACAAAUGCUAAUUUCCCAGUUGACGAUAGAGGCGCAGUUUAUCAUUUAGGUGUUGCUAAAGGGGAAUUAUCACCAAGAAUUUUAACAGUAGGUGAUUCAGAACGUGCUGCAAAACUUAGAAAUGAAUUAUUAGAAGAUGCUGAAAAACCAGUUUCACACAGAGGUUUUGUAAUUCAUAAUGGUAAGUAUAAAGGUGUUAAAGUUUCAAUUGUGUCAAUUGGAAUGGGUCCAUCUAUGAUGGACUUUUUAGUUAGAGAAGGUAGAUACGUUGUAGAAGGUCCAAUGGCAAUCAUUAGAUAUGGUACCUGUGGUUCAUUAAAGGAUGUUAAAGUUGGUUCAUUAGCCGUUGCAAGCCAAGCAGUUUUAAUUCGUAGAAACCCAGAUUUCUGGCACCAAGAUAAACACAGUGAUUGUAAAAACUAUGACAUCUCAUUACCAGUUGAUGGUGAUAAAGAAUUAGUUCAAACUUUAACAAACGAAUUUAGAAGCACCUUUACUGACAGAGAAACCGUUGUUGGAAUUAACGCCACUGCCGACUCAUUCUAUAGCAGUCAAGGUAGAAUCGAUCCAGAAUUUGAUGACGAUAACCACAAUUUAAUCAACACCCUCAUUGAAAAAUUCGAUAAUAAAGUUACAACUCUUGAAAUGGAAACCUUCCAAUUAUAUCAUUUAUCAAAACGUUCAAAACAACCAAUUAAAGCUGCUGCUGCCACAAUCAUUUUAGCCAAUCGUUUAAGCAAUGCUUUCCUCGAUAACGAAACUAAAUCAAGAUUAGAAAUUGAAGGUGGUAGAGCUUGUUUAGAUGCUUUAAUUAAAAUUGAUUUAAAUAACUAA